CGAAAAUCGCCGCCUGCGCGCGCCCUAUGUCAGCCUCCGGGCAGCCUGCCCUGGAGAACGCCGCGCUCGACCUCGACGCCCUGCGAGAGCGGUCGAGGCGCCUCCUGCUCUCCGCGCUCGACGCUGUUGCUGCUGCGGGCGGCGGCGGCGGCAUCCGCCUCGUGCUCGACCAGCGCCUUUCGGGCCCGCUCGGCCUCGUCGCUCGGCCUCUCGACUUUCGCGCGCACGGCGUCGACAAGAUUUACCACCUCGAGUCGGGCCCUCCCCCGCAAGGAGCCGGUCCGCUGGUCUACUUUGUGCGCGCCGAGUUUGAGAGCGCGCAGGUGAUCGCGGCGCAGCUCUCGUGUGCCGAGGGCUCUUCGGCGCGAGCCACGCUCCACUUCGUGCCGCGCCGCUCGCUGCCGUGCGAGAAGCUGCUCGAGGAGGCGGGGGUGUACAGCCGGCUGGUGGUGCGCGAGUGCCACCUCCACCUGCUCCCUCUGGACAAGGACCUGCUCUCGCUCGAGCGGCCCUGCUUCCGCGCGCUCUACCACGACGGCGACAUGUCCGUCCUCCACUCGGUCGCCUCCUCCAUCCUGGAGCUCGAGGACCUGUACGGGCCGGUGGCCAGCCUGCGAGGGAAGGGCUCGUGCGCCCAGCAGGUGAGCCGGAUGCUGAAGCAGAUGAGGCAGCCGCGCCAAGAGGCGGGUCGGCCCGCCGAGCGCGCCAGUGGGCCGCGGGCGGGCGGGCGGCAGAUCGGCUCGCUGCUGCUGCUCGACCGGGUCUGCGACAUGGUCACGCCUCUGCUGACGGAGCUCACGUACGAGGGACUCCUCCACUCCGUCUUCAACAUCCGGCCCGGCGUGAUCGACGUCGAGCCGGAGCUGCUCGGUCUGCCGCCCGGCAUGCCGGUGAAGCGCGAGCUCAACAGCUCGGACGCGCUGUACGCGCAGCUGCGCAACCGCAACUUCGGCGACAUGGGACCGCUGCUGCAGAAGCUGUCUCGCGACGUGCAGGAGGGGCAGGAGGAGCGGCACGCGGCGCACACGGUGAGCCAGCUGCGCGACUUCAUGCGCAAGCUGCAGCAGCUCGAGGCGAUGCGAAAGUCCCUCUCGCUGCACGUCUCGCUCGCCGAGCGGCUGCAGCGCCACACGGCCGCACCAGCCUUCCACGCGCGCAUCGCCGCAGAGCAGGAGGCCCUCGCCAACGCCGGCGCGACUGCCGACGCCGAGGCGGCGCUCGACGGCGCCAUCGGCCGCGCUGAGCCGCUCCCGUCGGUGCUGCGCCUGGCUUGCCUCCACUCGAUCCUCGCGAGCGGGCUCAAGGAGAAGAAGCUGGCCGCACUGCACGCGGAGGUGCUGUCCGAGUACGGCUAUUCCGCCGCCUCGCUCUCCCUCAACGCGCUGCACAAGGUUGGCUUGCUGCGGCGGCACGACGCGCGGUCGGGCUGGCCGUCGCUGCGCAAGGCGCUCGACUUGGUCGCCGACGACGUGCCCGAGGUGGAGGGCUUGUCCGACCUGCCCUCCGCCCUCUCGUACUACUACUCAGGCUACUGCCCCCUCUCGACCCGGCUGGUCGGGUGGAUGCUCGCCCGCGCGCCGCACUGGUCGUCGCGCGCCGAGGCGCUCGGCUGGCUGCCGGGCCCGCUCUUCUGGGAGGAGCCACCCCCGAGGGAGGGCGACGAGGAGGAGCCCCCCGCCACGCUGCCCGAGGGGUCGGUGGCGCGGCGCGAGGUUGCGGUGGUCUACUUUCUGGGCGGCUGCACGUACUCGGAGGUGUCGGCCCUGCGCUGGCUCGGCCAGCAGCUGCGGCCGCCGGUCGAUUUCGUGGUUGCGAGCACGCACAUGACCUCGGGCGAUCAGAUCAUAGAGAGCCUGAUGCAGACCUUUGAAAACAGCCUGAGCUCGCUCGAGUGA